CUUUCCAUACAAAACCAUGUCUAAGCUGAAGCGGUGAGGAAAAAGGAAAGGAAAUUUGGCAACUUAUUUGUUUGGGGACUAGGCUUAGACAAGAGCAUGAUGAGCGGAUUUCGGUUAGAUCUCGGCCCUCUGAAAGAGCCCCUGGGAUUUAUACGUGUCCUGGAAUGGAUAUUUGCUAUUUUUGCUUUUGCCACAACUGGGGGUUAUUCUGGCUCUACCAGUUUCAACAUCCAGUGCGAGAACAGUCCCAGCAAAGAAAUAAAUGUAUCCUUCAGCUAUCCUUUUAGGCUCAAUACCCAGAGUUACAGUGUCCCAGACUGCGUCAACAGAACAGUGUCUAAAACCAAACAUCUGACUGGAGAUUAUUCGUCUUCCGCUGAGUUCUUUGUAGCUAUUGGAGUUCUGGCUUUCCUGUACAGCACAGCUACUCUUGUGUUGUAUCUGGGCUACCAGCACAUCUACCGUGAAUCUCCUCGUGGCCCCAAUAUUGAUCUACUGAUAACUGGGAUCUUCACUUUUCUCUGGCUGGUGUGCUCAUCUGCAUGGGGAAAAGGCCUCACAGAUGUGAAACUGUCAACCAGUCCAAAUACACUUGUGUCUCUAAAUGACAUGUGUAAGAUAGAAGGAAACAAGUGCACUGCGGGGCACAUCCCCUUGAUGGGCCGCCUCAAUUCUUCAGUGAUCUUUGGAUUCCUCAACCUUAUCCUGUGGGGAGGAAAUUGCUGGUUUCUUUACAAGGAGACGCCAUUACACAAGUCAGCCAAUCAGCAAGCAGGAGCAGGACAGUCAUAAUUAAACAGCAGGUUACAUCCACAUUCAUCACGCAAGUGUUGUUUCAGGAUUAAAGUGGUGCUGCGUAGCACCCGGUCGACUGAUAUUAUGAAUCUACCUGACUUGACCUGUGUCACAAAUCCACCAAAGGUCCUUGUCUAUAGAUUAUCUCCAUUAUAUUCAGAUAUGGUCCAAUUUAGAUGUGCAUUUUACACACUAAAGCAAAGCUGUAUACAAGAAAAGGUACAAGAGCACCUUAGCAAAUAAACUGUUUGUAUGAAGUAAAUUGCAUCAUUAAAAAGUUACAUUUCAUCUCUUUACUGCUACGGUCAUGUUUCUCAUGGCAUUUGAACUUGUUACAUGAACAAAAUGUACUGAAUGUUUUUGACUCCUGUUUAAUGAAGUAUUAUUUUUUUGCUGUUUGAUGUUCCCUGUUGCUGUUGUAUUUAGUUAGUUUUGGCUUUAUAAAAUAUCUUGGCUAAAUUUUCCACUGUGCUUCUUACGGUUGAAAUGGCCUUGUAUGAACUGUGUGCCUUAUAACUUACUUAGCCUAUAUUUAAGAAAUGUUUACAUCAUAUCUGGCACGACUGAUGAUAAAAAUGUAUUGACUGCUUUUGUUUAACAAUGCUGGAGGCCUUAAAUAAAUAAUCAUGAUUUGUUUUUA